GCGGGGUGUAGCCGGAUGUGUUGUUCUGUGUUUGUGGUAGCCCAAGAUGGCGGAGUAUUCCUGCGUUAAGUCCACCAAGCUCGUCCUUAAAGGGGCGAAAGAGAAAAGCAAGAAAAAGCACAAGGAGAAGAAAAGGAAACGGGAGGAGGAUGCGGCAGAGCAACUUGACAUUGUUGGAAACUGGUGGGCUGUCAGUAACUUCGGUGAAAUUACAGGAACUAUAGCUAUAGAAAUGGACAAAGGAGCUUACAUCCAUGCCCUGGACAAUGGCUUAUUUACACUUGGAGCACCACAUAAAGAUGACGAAGGCCCCAGUCCUCCUGAACAGUUCACAGCAGUGAAGUUGUCUGAUACAAGGAUCGCUCUGAAAUCUGGUUAUGGCAAAUACCUUGGUAUAAAUUCAGAUGGACUUGUUAUUGGACGUUCAGAUGCAAUAGGAUCAAGAGAGCAAUGGGAACCUGUCUUCCAAGAUAAGAAAAUGGCAUUAUUAGCUGCAAAUAGCCGUUUUAUUAGAUGCAAUGAAGAGGGAGACAUAGAAGCCAAAAGCAAAACUGCAGGGGAAGAAGAAAUGAUAAAGAUUCGUACUUGUGCUGAAAGAGAAGCUAAGAAGAAAGAUGAUGUUCCACAAGAAGACAAAGGAAAUGUUAAACAGUGUGAAAUCAAUUACGUAAAGAAAUUCCAAAGUUUUCAAGACAAGAAGCUUAAAAUAAGCAAAGAAGAUACUAAAGCCCUCAGAAAAGCCAGGAAAGAAGGCACUUUCCACGAAAUGCUUCUUGACAGGUACACCAUAUUACAGGAAAUAAUGAGAGCAAAAGUGAAAGCGGAUAGAUACUGCAAGUGA